AUGCGAGCCUCGAAUUUACCUUCAACUCCCCAAACUCCUUCGCCAGCACCUCGACAGAAUGGACAGAUCACCCAAUCUCGUCAGCUCGGGAAACAUAUCCCCUUUGGAGCUUACCCAACUCCGCAAUCCUCUUUGGACGUGACUUCGCCGUCUGCUUCGAGAUCAAUUACACCUUCAUUCUCAGCUGCGACCAGCAUCUCCUCGAACAUUGAUAUUGACUCCAACGAAUCACUGCGAGAGAAAGACAGUGAAGGUGAAACCAACGAAUUUAUCAGAAUUCACGAUCAGCUCGCCAAACUCUUUCCAAAUGAGAAGCAUGUCGGGAUUCCUCGUAUCUGUGCACUCGGCGGCCAGAGUGCUGGAAAGAGCAGCUUAUUCAGUAUGGUGUCAAAUACACCUCUCUACUGUGCUAACGGUAGAGCGACAUGCUGCCCUCACUUGAUCCGAUUGAGAGGUCAAGGCCUAACGCUGAAAGUCGAUAUCUCCAUCCAAGUAACAAAUGCCAGGACGGAAGGAACAUCCAUCAUCCCAUUCGUCCAGAACCUUACCGAUAUGGACAGAGUCGCCAAGCUACUCCCAUUGGCAUCUGACGAAGCUCGAAGAGCUGAUGGAGGUAUGAGCCUUGUCAGACCAUGGACCCAACUGGAGAAUAUGGGUGAAAGCGAGAGAACAUCAGGUCGAGAUGGAUGGGCUAAUUUUACUUCAAAUGUGGUGAUCAUCAAUAUUCAAGGCCCUAAUCUUCGGGAUUUCGACAUCGAAGAUCUGCCUGGUAAGGGAUCAGGUUAUGCUAUGAUAUUUAGGCUGUUACUGAGUCUUGGUUCUACUAUAGGUCUCCAUGGAGAUCCUCUGGUCGAGAAACUCGUAUCGGACCGAAUCUCUCAGCAACAAAAUCUCAUCGUGCUUUGUUUAGCUGGAGUAGGACAGGAACCUUCGACAGACGAUCGAGGAAUCCAGCUCGCCAUGAAGUACGAUCCAAUUGGAGAACGUACGAUUGGUGUUAUAACUCGAGCCGACCAGAUUGACGUUGUACCUGGCGAUCUCUCGCCAUUUGUCAAUUACUUCUAUGGACAAGAAGAUGACUUAGGAGGGUUCAAACCUCAAUGGGGCUGGUGGCCUCUUCGUCUACGGAGUCCAGAGGAAAGAAGACAUGGUGUAUCACUCAUGGAAGUCAGGAAUAGAGAGAAAGCAAUGUUUGCCAAAGAAGAUUGGAUGGGUAUCCAAGAGAAGGCGGGAAGGUCAUUUGGGAUUGGAGAAUUAGAGAAGAAGUUGGAAGAAGUGUUCAGUCUGAAAGUCCAAGACAAUAUUGUCCAUUUGAAGACGACUUUACGAGAGUCUCUCAGAAUACACUCAAAAUGGCUAUCCGAUAAUCCGGCAAUCCAAGAUCCGGUCGCAAGUCUACAUGACGAUGUGAUCUAUCGAUUCCACAAUCUUUUGAAGGUCAAAGUCGCAAGGUCCAACGCAUCCGGUAGAUUAGUCGACCUGCAAGAGAACUUCGAACGAAUCGUUCGAACAGCGGUACCGGAAUUUCUCCCUUUUACCAAGGAAGAAGCCGAAGCCAAUAUCACAUAUCAAUCUUACUGCAAAGUCGAUGGCAUCGUGGUCGAAGAAGAGGAUGUUGUGUACAUAGAUACUUUGGCUGAGAUGAUCAAGAGCUUCUCGAGUCGGCGAGAACCGGGUGUGAUCGAUACGUCCAGCAUCACACAAUCUUUCGUCGACAAGUAUACUGCGAGGUGGCGAAAAUUGGCUAUUGAGCAUAUCGAUCAGUUGUGGAAGGAAGUCGAAGAUGUUCAGCAAAUGGUAAUUCAUGAGAUAUGUGGACACAAUGUGCCCAUGGCUGAAGAGAUAUUUCUCCGACUAGAAGAUCUCGUUACAUCCCUAAAGAACGAUUCCGUAUCUUUUAUGGAUCAAAUGUUCAGAAUAGUCACCUCUCCGCUUUCUCACUCCGGUAGGGGCUACGCGCAAGGCUACGAAACCGCCCUCAAGCAAGCUACAGAUAUGUACUCUAAAUUUUUGGAAUCAUCAUCCUCAGUGGGUCAUCGACGAAGAUCAUCUUCUUCUUCUUCUGUACUAUCCCAAACCAACAGCGAUAUACCCUCGAUCACCUCUGAGGUUCUUCCCAAAUCACGAAGAGAUCAAUGCACGGCUCUACAAGCAAAGAUCACGGUGCUGAUGAUGAGCCGAGCUUUGGAGUUUUCUUCUUCUGUAGGUGAACAUGCUCAGGAGUGUGUCAUGGAAUACCUUGAGAGGGUUACUCCUACGCUAAGGAAGAAGAUGGGACUGGAUCAAGUCGUCGAGAAUGUAAGAAAGAGAGCGGGGGACUUGUUCGAAAGUGAUAGAGAAAAGAAACGUGAAAGAGCAAAAAUUGUGAAAGAGAUGAAGACGUUGAAUGAAAUUCAACAACAUUUGGACAAGAUCGUCGAUGCUUGA